AAUUGGGUGGCUGGAGCUGCUGCGCUCUCCCCUCGGCUGCCUUAUAUCUGCGGGGUCCGGGGCCUGAAGACAGCGAGAGUUGGAACCCCGCACCCGGAGAGCGGUAACACCCAGCACUGGGAGCCCCGAGGAACGAGAGCCCCCGGUACAGAGGACCCCGGGCGUGAUGCGGGCGCUGUGGCCUCCGGUGUCCCGGGCACUGCGGGCUCUACGGAGCCGAGAAUCCGUCUUGAGAGAGAGCCGGGCCGGGCUAUGCGGAGAGCAGACGGGUGCCGCGCCGACGUUUGGGCUUCUGUUUGACAUCGACGGCGUGCUGGUCCGAGGAAAGACCCCCAUUCCAGCCGCCCGAAAGGCCUUUCAAAAGCUGCUGGACAGUAAGGGGGAGUUUGUGGUGCCGGUCGUGUUCGUCACCAAUGCCGGGAACUGCCUUCGCCAGACCAAAGCGGAUCAGCUGAGCCAGAUCCUGGGGGUUCCCAUCUCCCAGCACCAGGUCAUGAUGUCUCACAGUCCCCUGCGGAUUUUUAAGCAAUAUCACAACAAAUGCGUUCUGGUGUCUGGACAGGGGCCGGUCCUGGACAUCGCCAAAUAUUUAGGGUUUUCUAAUCCAAUCACGGUGGACGCCGUCCGGGAAUCCUACCCUUUCCUGGAUAUGGUGGAUCACAGUCGGAGGCCUACGAUCCUGCCAUCGACGGCCUUGGAUCUUCCCAAGAUAGACGCCGUGAUCCUUUUUGGAGAACCCAUCCGGUGGGAGACUAACCUUCAGCUCAUCAUCGACGUCCUCCUGACCGGAGGGCAUCCGGCGAACCCCCAUCAGCCUGCAAAUUACCCCCAUAUACCUCUCCUCGCCUGUAACAUGGACCUGAUGUGGAUGUCGGAGGCUCGGUCACCGAGGUUUGGACACGGAAUUUUUAUGGUUUGCCUGGAAAACAUCUACAAGAAGAUCACUGGCAAAGACCUGAAAUACGAGGCUUUGAUGGGGAAGCCCAGCGUGAUCACCUAUCACUACGCCGAGCACCUGAUCCGGACCCAGGCAUCCACCAUGGGCUGGGGGAAGCCGGUGCAGACGCUCUAUGCUAUUGGGGAUAACUUAAUGACCGAUAUCUAUGGUGCUAACCUUUACAACCGUUACCUUCAAGAGAACGGCUCUACAAAGACUUCCAAAGCCCUCGUGCAGGCGGCGUCGGGGGCCGGCGUGGCCACCGUUUCCCAGGAAGUGGAGCCGGCUUGGGAGAGCGAGCUGUCCUUCCCCUCCGCCGCACGCUGUCUGUCGGUUCUGGUGUGCACCGGGAUCUAUAACCCUCACACCGAAGUGCCUGCCAACGCCUCUCACUCCGUCACAGAGACCGUGUUUCACGGGCACAGAGAUUUCCGCUUUGACCCGGCGCUGGUGGAACCGGGACACGUGGUUCAGGAUGUGAAUGCUGCCGUCGACCUGAUCUUCCAGCUGGAGAGGUACCUGCCACUCGGCGCCUCUCACACAGCCUAGAGACCUUCCGGUUCUCGAACGCCAGGAUAUUGGGACCCAGUUAACCUCAGGCACCUCUUCUGCACUUUUUACCGGUUUUAAGCUGUUUUAUGAAUAUGUGUACGGUUUUAAUUAGCGUAAACGUUCUACGUUUAUCUUAUUUAUUCUUUAUAAUCAUUUUAUUCGGGUUUAUGUCGGCCGUCGGCUCGUUUCCUUGGUUUCUAGGAGGAAUGCGUGUGUUCGUGGGGUGAAGUGUAUCUGGGUGUGAGGCGCGUUUCACCGGAAAUGUGUUCAUCUGCUGUGUGAUUUUCGUAUUUGGUGCUCGAUGUCCUCUCGCUGCGUGGCGCUCACUCUCGUCACUCAGCGGCGUCACUAAAUUUAAGGCAUUUGAAGUCAUUUCACUUUUUCUUCCAUGUUUUUAUUUGUAUCAGUAUUUUGUGAGCCGAGCGGCAGACUUGAAUUGUUACGGACCUCUCUGUGUAAAUCCCAUUUCCGUGUCUUACCGUUUUAUGCAAGCGUUUCUCUUACUACUUUAAGUAAGAACUUUUAUUGUACAAUUAAAUAUUUUAACCCAAAA